AUGUCUGCAUGUCCAAACCAUGAGCCUAAGAUCACUGCGGUGCUGAUGUGUGAGGAGAGCUACAGGAGACAGUGCUCUCUGAGUGUGGGGAGCUUAAGGAGACAGUGCUCUCUGAGUGAGGAGAGCUACAGGAGACAGUGCUCUCUGAGUGUGGAGAGCUACAGGAGACAGUGCUCUCUGAGUGUGGGGAGCUACAGGAGACAGUGCUCUCUGAGUGAGGAGAGCUACAGGAGACAGUGCUCUCUGAGUGAGGAGAGCUACAGGAGACAGUGCUCUCUGAGUGUGGGGAGAAACAGGAGACAGUGCUCUCUGAGUGAGGAGAGCUACAGGAGACAGUGCUCUCUGAGUGUGGGGAGCUGCAGGAGACAGUGCUCUCUGAGUGUGGGAGGCUACAGGAGACAGUGCUCUCUGAGUGAGGAGAGCUACAGGAGACAGUGCUCUCUGAGUGUGGAGAGCUACAGGAGACAGUGCUCUCUGAGUGUGGGGAGCUAUAGGAGACAGUGCUCUCUGAGUGAGGAGAGCUACAGGAGACAGUGCUCUCUUAGUAUGGAGAGCUACAGGAGACAGUGCUCUCUGAGUGUGGGGAGCUACAGGAGACAUUGCUCUCUGAGUGAGGAGAGCUACAGGAGACAGUGCUCUCUGAGUGUGGGGAGCUGCAGGAGACAGUGCUCUCUGAGUGAGGAGAGCUACAGGAGACAGUGCUCUCUGAGUGUGGGGAGCUGCAGGAGACAGUGCUCUCUGAGUGAGGAGAGCUACAGGAGACAGUGCUCUCUGAGUGUGGGGAGCUGCAGGAGACAGUGCUCUCUGAGUUGCUCUCUGAGUGAGGAGAGCUACAGGAGACAGUGCUCUCUGAGUGUGGAGAGCUACAGGAGACAGUGCUCUCUGAGUGUGGGGAGCUACAGGAGACAGUGCUCUCUGAGUGAGGAGAGCUACAGGAGACAGUGCUCUCUGAGUGAGGAGAGCUACAGGAGACAGUGCUCUCUGAGUGUGGGGAGAAACAGGAGACAGUGCUCUCUGAGUGAGGAGAGCUACAGGAGACAGUGCUCUCUGAGUGUGGGGAGCUGCAGGAGACAGUGCUCUCUGAGUGUGGGAGGCUACAGGAGACAGUGCUCUCUGAGUGAGGAGAGCUACAGGAGACAGUGCUCUCUGAGUGUGGAGAGCUACAGGAGACAGUGCUCUCUGAGUGUGGGGAGCUACAGGAGACAGUGCUCUCUGAGUGAGGAGAGCUACAGGAGACAGUGCUCUCUUAGUAUGGAGAGCUACAGGAGACAGUGCUCUCUGAGUGUGGGGAGCUACAGGAGACAUUGCUCUCUGAGUGAGGAGAGCUACAGGAGACAGUGCUCUCUGAGUGUGGGGAGAAACAGGAGACAGUGCUCUCUGAGUGAGGAGAGCUACAGGAGACAGUGCUCUCUGAGUGUGGGGAGCUGCAGGAGACAGUGCUCUCUGAGUGUGGGGAGCUGA